CGGCGCUGUGGCGCUGCGUCCACGUGGAAAAGCGGCCGUGCCACGCAGGAUAAAAAGAGCCCCCCUCCCCUCUCCGAGUCUCCGUUCCCCACUCCUCCGUCCGCUGCCAAGCGAGCGAGCCAUCCGCGAGGGUUCGCCGCGAGGAGUCGCCGCGAGGGUUCGCCGCGAAUCACCGCCUCCUCCUGGUCGCCCCCGGCGGAUUCGGAACGCGGGAUGAUGGGGGAGAAUCCGCCGCCCGGCCCGCUGCGCCUGGGGGACACGUUGAAUGCAGGUUCAUCAACUGGAUGGACAGAUGAGAAGCACAUGCUCUAUAUUACCUCACUCGAGGAAUCAUUUAUUACUCAAUUAUACAGCGGAGAAGUCAAUUCAAAGGGGUUGCUCUGUCGGUCUCCAGGUGAAUGGCGCAAUACUUCUUGUAAUGGAAAUGGUAGAAACACAGAAGUCAAUCAGGGAUAUUCGGGGAUGCUUGAGGCUGAUGGAGCUGAAUCCAGAUUGUCACAGGCUGAGUAUAUUGGAUCACCUUCUUGUUCAGGGUAUCAGGAAAACAGCAUAGCCUAUUAUAUGGAUGAUGAUGCAUCAAUUAAUGGUCCACAACUUGAGAGAACCAGCUACCAUGCAAGAGAAAAGAACCCUGGAGGGUCUGCUGGUUCCUAUUUACGUCGGAAUGGUCAUUCCGUUUCUAGGAAAACAGAGUCAUCGGAUCAGAACUUCAUUGACGGGGAGGUUGAAGGUAGCAGCGAAAAAAGCAUAGGGUGUAGCAAAAAGCGACUGGAACGUGCGGCUGGUACAAAUGUGGGCAUGGUUGCUCCAUCUGGAAAUGCAGAAUUCCAGUUGGAGCUGUUCCAUGAUCAAGGAGGAGAAUAUAGUGGCACCUCAUCCUCAUGGGAAGCUCCGGGGCCAGGGCGAUGGUCCAUGAUGAUCCAGGACUCCAGGUAGUAUGUUUGGUACAAAGAAAGCCGUAGAUCGCUAGCUGCUUCCUGCAAGAUGAUCCAGCUAGUAUGUUUCGUAAAAGGAAAGCUGUAGAUCGCUAGCUGCCUCUACAAAAUCUGCCAGGAUUGGCAGGAUGGUUACAGUGAUUGAACUGAAGCAGCUGGGUACAGUCCCAUAACUGUUGUUGUACUCCUGAUGUAAAAGAUAUUAUGGAAAGUUGAUUUUUGCCUUUUAAUGACAUUUUGUUUGUCAUGGUGGAAGUUA